AUGGCGAGCCAAGCAGUAGCGCCACGGCAGUGGGUUCCGCCCGCGGCGGCGCGCGGGGGGAGGCGGAGCAAGUGCUCGUGGGGGCAAUUUCACCUUCAGUGGCGGGCGGCGAGUGCGGGGCUGAGGAGCCGCGAGGCGCAAAGACCAUCAGCCAUCCACUCCGCAGGCCCGGCCUUCAAGCGCGCAUGGCAUCGACCGGCGGCAUCGCCGCGCGGAGUGAAGGCGCUGCGAGUCCGCGCCGCUCUGAGCAUCGAUGCCGCACGCAGCAACACGGCAGUCGACCCCUUCUCGUUGCUCUCCGCCGUUCCGGCGCUCCGCGCGCCGCCUCUAGAGGAGGACGCAACGUGCAUGGCGGUGGGCGAGAUCCUCGCGGGAGGCGGAAGUCGCCGCUCGGAAGAGGGAUAUCUGGGGGAAGCUUGCGCUGCUGCCGACGUGCCCUCGACGCCCAACCGCCUGGCGUCCCGGUUAGGCGUGCUCUUCUUAUCCGCCGCGGCUGCAGCGGCGGCGGGAACGAGCAUGUCUGCGCAGGCCGUGCAGGCGGAAGCAGUGCGGACGGACGCCUUUCAGGCGGAAACAGUUUGGGCGGAGGCAGUGCAGGCGGAGGCAGCAGCGACAGCACUGACAGCAGUGACGGCACCAGCAGAGGCAGAACGGCAGGCGGCAGAGAUUGCGUGGCAGCUGCCGCCCGUAGCGGUGGUUGCUGCUACAGCCGUGCCAGCUGUCGGUCCAGCUGGCGGUAGUCGUAGUCCACGUAAGCAGACAGCUCAGCAGCACGUGGCAGCGCUGGAGGGGCGCAUGCAGCGGAUGAUGGCGUGGGUGCGCCAGGGCAGGCGGGGGCGGGCGGAGGUACCGGGGGAAGCGGGGCGCGAGGGGCAAGAGGAGCAGUCAACGGCAGCGCAGCAGGCUGAGCUGCGGCGGCGAGUGGCGGGGGUGGUGGAGGGGCGGAGGGCGACCAGGCGGAAACAGCGAGGGGGAGGGGGGGACGUGGAGGGCUCGGGGGGGCGAGGGGCCGUGGGCUUGGAGGAGGCGGGCAGUGGAGUGGGAGGAGCGCGGUUGAGAGAGAUGGGAGGAGAGGGAGUGCGGUUGAGCGGUGGUGGGGAGUGGCUGAAGGGGGUGGCAGAGCAGUAUGGCAUGGCGCUGCCGUCAGCUGUGGGGACCAGCAGGGGUGGAGCAGCCACGAGCAGCAACGACCCAGCAGCAUCAGCGGCGGCGGCGGUGGUGGCGGGGAGGGUGCUAGCGGCGCUGAGGCAAGCGGAGCAGUCCACUCGCUCUGCAGCAACCCCACACCCCGCCACGCCACCUGCCUCCUCCCCCCCACACGCCGCAGCAGCUGCUGAGAGCAGGGCGCGGGCGAUGCAGCCAGCGCUGUCGCCCCUUGAACAGAAGCUGGAGGAGGCGGAGGCAGCGUGGCAGCGGUACGAGGCGGCGGUGCAGUGGACGGAGGGGCGCCUCUCAGCACUCGGCAUGCUCGCCCUCACCUCCACCUGCCCGCCCUCGUCCUCCCUUGCUGCCUCGCGCACCCAGCUGCUCUCCUCCCUCGCCUUCGCCCAGAAACGCGCAGCUGAGGAGGAGCAGCGAGUCAUCCACCUGCGCCAGCAGCUCACCAACAGCCGCACGCUCUCACAACCCCCCUCUUCCACAUCCUCACCCUCCUCGCCCCUCUUCACCGCACUGCCUCCUUUCCAAUCCACCGUAACACAACCUGCGUCCCCGUCUCUCCUUCCUACACCGUCACCGCCAACAGCAGUGCCCUCCUCCUCCUCACACACUCCCCACCCACCGCGCUCGUUGUCGCUGCCGUCACGGCUGCUCUCACCCGCCGCAUGGUGCCCCACCGAGGCCGCUCACACCACCCAGACCUUGCCCGACGCCACCACCACCCUCGCCAGCACCCACGCUGCCUUGAGCAUUCUCCAGCAGGCGCCAGUGCUGGUGGAGGGGGCAGGCGGGGGCGAGUGGGCGAGGGAGUUCGUGGCGGAGUCGGUGGCGAGGGAGCUCAGCAAGCGCCGCACCGCCCAUGGCCACGCAGCGUGA